UCUAGUAGGUUUUCGAACCGACGUCGGUCACCGUGUUUCAGUCCUUGCUCACUGCCGGCCACAGCGAGCUCGCGUCUUCUCCUUCUCUGUAUUGAGCCCGAACUCCUUUCCGGCCUGUAACUUAUCUCUCAAAAGAGUUGACCCCUAUAGAUACCAAAAAUGCAUGACUCAACAUCCUCGGUCACAACCGUGUUACCGCCGUCUGCGAAAGCAGUUGGCAAACGUCCCGCAAUCCCGGACAUGCCCACUUCAGACACAAAUGCUUUAGCACCAGUGUCAUCAGCAUCUACACCAAGUGCGGGUACCGUAAACGCGAAUGCACAAACUCGUCCGAAAAGAAUCCUCCCUUCACGUUCGAGGAGAGGUGGGUCAGGUGUGGGUGUGGGGAAUUGUGACGUGGAUAUAAUGAUAUUGGAGACACGAAGGAGACGAUUAGAAAACGAACCCCUCAUUCCGGCUCACACUCAAUUCCUCCUUACAACAAACUCGGCUUUGGUGCCUCCAGCCGAGGAUAAUACUUCGUUCGAAUUCGAACUCAACCAGCAUGCUUAUGGUCGAUAUUUUGACCGUCCGGAAGUGCAGAAGGCGUAUAGGGAGCUGCAAACUAUUCAGACUCCGGAGUACUCUCAAUUGCCCGAGGAUGCGUCCGUUGGAGGUCGUUUUCGACCAAGGGGCGGUGAGGAGGAGUCCGUAGAUACCUCGGACGCAGCAUACGAGAAACGGCAUCGAAAAUACGAGACCUUCGAGAAACGACAAAGACUACGAGAGAAGGAGAAGUUGAAGCAUGAACAGUACAAGCUAAAGGAGCGGAUAGAACAGUUGCGAGCAAUGGAUACCUCUGCAUUCCUUGCACUGCCGGCUUCAGCCUUCUCUGAUACCACCGGGCCUGUCGAUCUCGAUGUCCAUGAUACGGAUCCCGGCCUAUCCGACCUACCAGGUGCUCAUAUCAACGGAGCGGCUGCGUAUAACGAAGGGGAACGACGGAGGAAGGAGAUGUUGGACGUGGCCAUGACUCUUGAAGACCGGUACCGUGUCCUCCUUCCGCCUGACAGGAAGUGGAUUGAUAGGAAAGAACGAUUGGCCAAACGCGAGAGUACGGCCCCCACCAUCUCUCUAGAGCCGGAGACUGUACCAGAACCGUCACCACCUGCCUCCGAAGAAGAAGAGGAGAGCGAAGAGGAGCCGGAACCACCGAAACCACCGUCGCCCAUAGUCUACACCAGACAGGACAGUGAGGGCGAGUCAGAAGUUGAUUUCGAAGAGAGAGAAAGGCAGCGAUCCAAACAACUGAAGUUGCGAAUCAAGUUCCCGCCACGCAAGCCUGAGGUACUCGCACCCCCGCCGGGAAAACUAGCCAAGCCACUGUUGCCCUUCCAAGGCCCGCCACAUCGAGGAGGAGGCAAGGUGUUUCCUCAUCCAUUGACUGUGCCUCCCCCUUUCUCCCCUGUGUCAGCUGUCAAGAGCCGGACAGUAUUCCGUUCAAAAGAUGGGAAAUUCCUAUCGAAGAAGAAACGUCACUUGCAGGAUUCCGGUCAGAUUGUAUCUGCCCCAGCCCCAUCGCGUAAACUACCACGAGCUGGUAGUUCUGCAAGCCAGCGUGCAGUGUCUCCGACAACGUCUGCGCCGAAACAACACGUUUCCUAUGCCGGUGCUGCUGGUAAAACAGAGCGAACCACAUGUGCUUUGCUUGUCUCUGCUUUGAGAAAUGCUACCGCACCCUCGGCCAGGAAGACCCAAAGGCAUAUCACUGCCUUCGGAAUCCGUGUACCGCCAGAAAUCGAGGAGGUGAGGGAUUACCAGAUGCCAGAGUGGAUUUCGUCAUCCGUGGAGAGUCGUCAUAGCGAGAGCGUGGACGACCGGAGUAGCGUCGGUUUGAAUGGCUAUGGACCGCCCUCAAUAUUUGGGGAGCAGGACGCCAUGGAGUUCAAGGAGGAGGAGCUGGUCCCUUCCAUCGCGACUCUGGAGUAAUCCCAGAUACUAUCUUUAUUUAUGAUCGUAAUGUUUAUAGCUUCCCUUACCUUCGUACAGUUUAAUUUCGGGCGAACCAGUAAUGUAGUUUUAUGGUAUUCGAGUAUGUAUGCGUAUUAUAUGGGAUAUAAUCCCGCACUUGACUCAUAGAGUAUAUACCUCUAAACCUCAAGCCUGCGCAGCAACUUGAGUGUCGGCAACAACCUUCCCGGCCAGUUUCGAAACCACACCGAUUGCAGUCUCCUUCGACUUCAGUCCAACCUCCGCUUUGCGACUUAUAAUUUGUUUGGCAAGGCCGACAGGUCCAAGGGUCUGCACCGAGUCGCCUCUAAUGCGAACGAUGUCUUGAGGAUGAUAGCGCGAAUAAUCGCCAGCUACACGU